GUCUCCUUCCGCCGCGCAGGCCCAGCGCGCACGCGCAGUCUCACCAGACGCCAUCGCGCAGAGCUCCCGGUGGUUGGAGCCGGCCUGCAGCCGCUGCGCAGAGGGUCUGGGCUGGGCUGAGAUCCCAGAGCAUCCCGCCAUCGCUGGUGUCCCUCCCUUGAAGUUGCAGUUACGUGAACUCGCCCUUCACGACAGGUGCCCUGUCCCAGGCCAGCCACAUUUCCCGGCACAGGUUUGGAAAGAUGUUGCCUUUGGAGAAGGCGUUUGCCACCCCCAGGAGCUCCCCAGUGCCCCCAGACCUGCCCAUGCUAGGGUCAGUAGCUGAGGAGCAGCAGGAGGACUGCAGGAGUGAUCUUGAGGAGGUUCCUGCCAACCUUGAGUCUUCCCGCCUGCAUUUCCGGAACUUCAUCUAUGAGGAAGCAACCGGGCCCCACCAGGCCCUGGACCAGCUGUAUGACCUGUGCCGCCAGUGGCUGCAGCCCGAGGCGCACUCCAAGGAGCAGAUGCUGGAGCUGCUGGUGCUGGAGCAGUUCCUGAGCGCGCUGCCUGACAGUCUAAGGUCCCAGGUAGUGGCCCAGAAUCCUGAGAACUGCCAGAAGGCAGCCUCCCUGGUGAAGGACCUCGGCAUGGCCCUAGAGGAGUCAGAUGGGUCUGUGACGACUGGCGAAGACGAGGAGUCCGGCGAAGACGAGGAGUCCGGCGAAGACGGGGAGUCCGGCGAAGACGGGGAGCCCAGCAAGGCCGAGGCAGCCCCCAACACCUCCUGUCCUGCUUCAGACCCUGUGCUUCUGGAACAAGAGUGCAACAGGGACAAGAAGUCCGAACAGCCCAAGCCCACGAAGGCUGAGCCGAAGAAGCUGACGUUUCCAGAGGUGCCUCUGUAUCUGGGGGAAUGGGGCCACCUGGACCCGGCAGAGGAGAACCUGAAGACCUUCCGGAAGCUGCUUCUGUGGGGGUUUCAGCUUGCCCAGCCUGACGACACCUACAGGCUGGAGACUGAGGAGCUUCGGUUGGUUGAUACAGAACCACCGGAAGGCAGCUGCUCAGCGGGCAGGAAGUGGCAGGAAAGUAAAGAGGGCAUGUGCGAGACACUGCUGGAGAACCUCACAAGGGAAGUUCUCGUUUGCCCCGUGACUCCAGGUGCUGCUCCGGAGGAGGGAGAGCAGCCUCAGAAGGUUCCGAAUCCUCAGGAGAGGGGACCAAACCCUGUCCCCAGAGCCCAGAGGCAGUCAGUCAUCCGGGAGCCAGCCCAGGAUAGGGGCACAGCUGGGGAGAGCCCUAGUGUGCCUGUGGCUCCAGCCGCCUCGCGCCAAGGCCUUGGAAGAAAGAGGCCCCACUCGAAGGACGGGGGCAGGCAGGGGCCUGAGCGCGUCUCCAGCCUGAGCCACCUCCAGCAGCACCCCGUGGAGGAGCCCGCUGCAGCGGGCCGCGGCGCGGCCUGCUCCGCUGCCGAUGAGCCCGGGCUGUCCCGAGGGAAGCCCUACGCGUGCAGCGAGUGCGGGGAGACCUUCGCGUGGAUCUCCCACUUCAUCGACCAUCUCCGAAGCCACAGCGGCAGGAAGCUGUACGCGUGCCCGGGCUGCUGGAAGACCUUCCACUUCAGCCUGGCCCUGGCCGAGCACCAGAAGACCCACGAGAAGGAGAAAGCCUACGCGCUGGGGAGGGUCCUGGGACCCCGCCCUGCUGCGUGUGGCACCCGUGCCGGCGGGAGGUUCCGUGGGCUCCCGGGAUAUGUGGCGGGUGACGUUUUCCCUGCGCAGCCUGAGGCUCAGAGAUGAGCCGCUUUGCCGUAAGUGUCCCAGAGGACAACGUUGCCUGCCAGAUUUCCCAAGCAAUGUACCCGCUGCUUUGAAACCCUCGCGUGGCUUCCUGCAGUAUCUGUGUGGACGCAAGUCUGUCUGUUCCCUAAAUGAGCUAAUGUGGCUAAAGCACUUAGAACCCGGAAGGGCCCACAGGGAGCCCUCGUCACCUUGUAAACACACCCAUGCAGACACCCAUGUGCAAGCAUGAGCUGUCAGGUGGGAAAGAACAUUCCCCUUUCUUCCCUAGCCUUUUUAGCACCACCCACACAUCGAAGCAUUGUCAUUGUGCCAAGUGUAGAGUUGCCUUCAAGUGUGUGAUCCCCUGGCCCGUGCCGAAGUCAGCUUUGUCUCUGUCCUCUUGUCCUCUUGUUCAAGCUCCCUACCGCUUCGGUUCCAGCUCUUUGGUCUUUUCGGAAACCCCUGAUAGCAGGUUCACUUCUGAAUCCUCAACUGCAGAUCGUUUCCUAGUUAAGCACGUGUCUGUGUGUGUGUGUGGCGUGGCCUCACAGAGGUCACAGACGUGCUUGGAGCCUGGUGCUGCAGCAUUUUCAAACCAUGCUAGUGAAUUGUGAAAUCAAGUUAGUGGGCGGUCGCCAGCAUUGCAGAUCAAUGAAGGAGAAUUAAGUAGGGUAAAAACCCAUCGUGUAGUAAAGGCAAAUACUGUUUUGUGAAACUUUUCAGCGAUGUAUCUAAAUCUGAGACUUGGAUGCAACGUAAGAUGUAUUUCUUACUCAGGGGGAGGGUCAUGAUCAAAGCACGUUGAAACACUAAUAAGGGUUGAUGAGAUGUGUCUGCCUGGGCACGUGGAAACUUAAUUCCUUGGGCUACAUAAGGUGAUCUUGGUUUUUGCAUUUGAUCUCAACUUAGAGCAUUGCUUCUAUUGCCUGAGCAUGAACUUAACUGCUUCUUGUAGAUAAAUUGGCGCCUCUUUCUGUCAUUGUGUUUGAGCAGGUGGUCUGUUGUGAUGAUGCCCGAGUCACAGAUGCUUAACCUAAUAAAGGAUUUUUCUUCACUCACA